AUGAAAAGGGGAUCGCACAGGUCGCACGCGACCGGCCGAGUGGUUCGGCCGGUGCGCCGGCCCCAAUCGUUUCCCAUCUCGCAUACGCCGCCGCUCAACUCCCCACCCCACUCCACUCCACUCCAUCAGCCACGUGCACGUACCGCCCGGAACAUGCCGAUGCCGGCGAUCAUGGACGACCUCCUGCCGGAGUUCUUCAUCCGCCUGCCCACCCCUGAGGACCUCGCCCGCGUCACCGCCACCUGCUCCUCCUUCCGCCAAGCCGCCACCGACCGCGCCUGCACCCGCGAAUUCCGCAGGCUCCACGCCCCUCCGCUCCUCGGCAUCGUCGACGGCGCCGGCUUCCACCCCGCCCUCCCGCCCCACCCCUCCGCGCCCGCCGGGAGCGCCCUCGCAAACGCCCCCGGCAAGGACUUCUCAUUCUCCUUCCUGCCCGCCCCCAACCGCUGGGUCAUGAAGGACGCCAGCGACGGCCGCGUCCUCCUCGACCGGGCUCCCGAGGGCGUCAAGAAGGCGGAGUUUACGGAGGUCGUCGUGUGCGACCCCCUGCACCAGCGAUACCUCCUGCUCCCCCCGGUCCCUCAAGACCAGCUGGUGGCGAACCCGGUGUGUAUGGCAUACGGGCCCUUCCUCGCUCCCCCCAGCGACGAGGAGGCGGAGGAGGCGCCAGACACGUCAUUCCGAGUGAUGUGGACAGCGCGCUGCGAGGCUAACAUGGUCGCCUUCGUCUUCUCGUCCAGCUCCGGGCAAUGGCGGGCGGUCCCGUCCCAGAGCUGGAGCGAUCUGUUCGCCGUCGACAUUGAGCUUUCAUGGGGGCCUUGCUUGGUCGGGCGCCACUACGCCCAUGGCUGCUUCUACUGGGAAACGAGUUGUCGGGGAAUGUGGCUCGUGCUCCACGCCCGGACCAUGGACUUCUCCCUUGUCGACAUUCCAUGCACAGCCGGAGGUGCUGGGCUAGACACAGCCAUCGUGGAGGCAGGGGAAGGCAGGCUUGGGAUGUUCGCGCUUGCAUUUGUAGGUGGCGUAUAUUACCUCCACUACACCAUUAGGGAAGCAGACAACCAGUGGAAGCUGAAGCAGACAGUGGCGCUGCGUUAUGGGUACUGGUAUUGCAUCCUCGGUGCAACGGAUGCCUACUUGCUCCUGUUAAAGCAUGCUGACAACCGGUCAUUGGAGCCGGCAGAUUGCGAAUGCCUCUCACUGGACAUCAAGACGAUGCGCCUUGAAAGGGUGUGCUCGUUGAAGCAAUGGGGCGUAGAUGCACAAAUAUAUACCAACUUCCCACCAUCGUUGCUGUCAGCCCCGACAAUUUGA